AUGGGUAACAACUUCUCCAGUCUCCCCUCUCUGCCCCGAGGAAACCCGAGCCGGCCGCCGCGGGGCCACCCCCAAAACCUCAAAGACUCCAUCGGGGGUCCCUUCCCUGUCACCUCUCACCGAUGCCACCACAAGCAGAAGCACUGCCCGCCGGUGCUGCCCGGCGGGGUGCUCCUGGCCACGCCGCUGCUCUUCCACCCGCACACCAAGGGCUCCCAGAUCCUCAUGGACCUCAGCCACAAGGCCGUCAAGAGGCAGGCCAGCUUCUGCAACGCCAUCACCUUCAGUAACCGCCCAGUCCUCAUCUACGAGCAAGUCAGGCUGAAGAUCACCAAGAAGCAGUGCUGCUGGAGCGGGGCGCUGCGCCUGGGCUUCACGAGCAAGGACCCCUCCCGCAUCCACCCCGACUCGCUGCCCAAGUACGCCUGCCCCGACCUGGUCUCCCAGAGCGGCUUCUGGGCCAAGGCGCUGCCCGAGGAGUUCGCCAACGAGGGCAACAUCAUCGCCUUCUGGGUGGACAAGAAGGGCCGCGUGUUUUACCGCAUCAACGACUCGGCGGCCAUGCUCUUCCUCAACGGGGUCCGCACGGCAGACCCGCUCUGGGCGCUGGUGGACGUGUACGGCCUCACGCGGGGCGUCCAGCUGCUUGACAGCGAGCUGGUGCUGCCGGACUGCCUGCGGCCGCGCUCCUUCACCGCCCUGCGGAGGCCGUCGCUGCGGCGCGAGGCGGACGACGCGCGCCUGUCGGUGAGCCUGUGCGACCUCAACGUGCCGGCGGGGGAAGGCGAGGAGGCGGCGCAGGCCGCGGGCGGCCCGGUCCCGCAGAAUUCGCUCAACUCGCAGCACAGCCGCGCGCUGCCCCCGCAGCUGGACGGCGACCUGCGCUUCCACCCGCUGCGCGCCGGCGCGCACGUCCGCAUCCUGGACGAGCAGACGGUGGCGCGCCUGGAGCACGGGCGCGACGAGCGCGCGCUCGUCUUCACCAGCCGCCCGGUGCGCGCGGCCGAGACCGUCUUCGUCAAGGUCACGCGCUCGGGCGGCGGCGCGCGGCCCGGCGCGCUCUCCUUCGGCGUCACCACGUGCGACCCCGGCACGCUGCGGCCCGCCGACCUGCCCUGCAGCACCGAGGCGCUGGUGGACCGCAAGGAGUUCUGGGCCGUGUGCCGCGUGCCGGGGCCCCUGCAGAGCGGCGACAUCCUGGGCCUGGUGGUCAGCGCCGAGGGCGAGCUGCACCUGAGCCACAACGGCGCCGCCGCGGGCAUGCCGCUGUGCGUGGACGCCUCGCAGCCGCUGUGGAUGCUCUUCGGCCUGCACGGAGCCAUCACGCAGAUCCGCCUCCUCGGCUCCACCAUCCUGGCAGAGCGGGGCAUCCCAUCUCUUCCCUGCUCCCCCGCCUCCACACCAACCUCGCCCAGUGCCCUGGGCAGCCGCUUCUCUGACCCCCUGCUCAGCACCUGCAGCUCGGGACCUCUGGGGAGCUCUGCUGGCGGGACAGCCCCCAACUCGCCGGUGAGCCUGCCCGAGUCGCCGGUGAGCCCGGGCACGGGCCAGUGGAGCGACGAGUGCACCAUUUGCUACGAGCACGCGGUGGACACUGUCAUCUACACGUGUGGCCACAUGUGCCUCUGCUACGCCUGCGGCCUGCGCCUCAAGAAGGCCCUGCACGCCUGCUGCCCCAUCUGCCGCCGCCCCAUCAAGGACAUCAUCAAGACCUACCGGAGCUCCUAG